CCUGGCACCGAGCGCUGCCGCGGCUGCAGUUCACACUUGCAUUGAUCGCUUCCCAGCGCGCGGGGCCGUCGGAACCGGGCUGGCGCUGCUGCCGGGCUGUGGCUGGGCAGGGACUUGAGGAAACUUGUGGGGGGAGGAGAGCGCGAGCCGGAGUGAGGGGGGGGGGGCGCGCUGCGGUCUCUCCCUGCUGCUGCUGGGAGGAGGAAGGUUUGGGCUCCGCUGAGGAGGAGGAGAAGCAGCCGCCGCCGCCAGAAAGGAAGAGGCAGGAGAGAGGCAUUUGGAGCCCCCUAAAGUGCCCCCCGCCCCUGCACGGCAGGCGACAUUUCCAGCUUCAUGGGCAAAGUGUGGAAACAGCAGAUGUACCCCCAGUACACCACCUACUACUACCCGCAGUAUCUGCAGGCUAAGCCGUCCAUUGUACCAUCCCACCCAAUGGCUCCUCCUAGCCCCAGCACCACCAGCAGUAAUAACAACAGCAGUAGCAGCAGCAACUCAGGUUGGGAUCAAUUAAGUAAAACAAACCUUUACAUCCGAGGACUGCCUCCAAACACCACUGACCAGGACCUGGUAAAACUAUGCCAACCAUAUGGGAAAAUUGUAUCCACAAAGGCUAUUUUGGAUAAGACAACAAACAAAUGCAAAGGUUACGGUUUUGUAGAUUUCGACAGCCCAGCAGCUGCUCAGAAGGCUGUUUCUGCUCUGAAGGCUAGCGGAGUCCAAGCACAGAUGGCAAAGCAACAAGAACAAGAUCCAACUAACUUAUAUAUUUCCAAUUUGCCGCUGUCAAUGGACGAGCAAGAGCUUGAGAAUAUGCUCAAGCCAUUCGGGCAAGUUAUCUCUACAAGGAUACUUCGUGAUUCCAGUGGCACAAGUCGUGGUGUUGGCUUUGCAAGGAUGGAAUCAACAGAAAAAUGUGAAGCAGUGAUUGCUCAUUUUAAUGGAAAAUUCAUUAAGACACCACCGGGAGUUUCUGCUCCUGCAGAACCUUUGUUGUGCAAAUUUGCCGAUGGAGGACAGAAAAAGAGACAGAAUCAGAACAAGUAUAUACAGAACGGGAGAGCGUGGCAUAGAGAAGGCGAGGCUGGAAUGACGCUUACUUAUGAUCCAACUACAGCUGCUUUACAAAAUGGAUUUUAUCCUUCACCAUACAGUAUUGCAACAAACAGGAUGAUCACUCAAACAUCUAUUACGCCAUAUAUUGCUUCUCCAGUUUCUACGUACCAGGUUCAGAGUCCUUCUUGGAUGCAACCUCAACCAUAUAUUAUGCAGCACCCUGGUGCUGUAUUGACUCCCUCCAUGGACCACACCAUGUCACUACAGCCUGCAUCAAUGAUAAACCCUCUGACACAACAGAUGAGUCACCUUUCAUUAGGCAGUACUGGAACGUACAUGCCAGCCACAACAGCUAUGCAAGGAGCCUACAUACCCCAGUAUACACAUGUUCAGACAGCAGCUGUUCCUGUUGAGGAAGCUAGCGGCCAACAGCAGGUUACAGUAGAGACAUCCAGUGACCAUUCUCCAUAUACGUAUCAGCAAAACAAAUAACUGAGGUCAAGUAUGUUCUGUGGUAAUGGUAACACUGUUCUCAUCCCAAGUAUUCGGAUAAGAAUUUCUUCUAUACUCAGGAAGUCUAAAAAUUGUCAUAUAAACAAAUUCAUUAGCUGAGCACAUUUUAUCUGAUGCCAUGUUCCAUAUAAUAGUGAACGUGUCUGCGUGUUUGUUACUUUACAUUGGCCAAACACUGGCCCCUACAGGAAUCACAAGUAAACAGGCCUUGCUCAUCCCCAUUCUUCCUUUUGAGGUUGAGGGGCCUAAAUCCUAAACUUCGCGAUUACCCAGGCACAUCCUGUGGACUGUCACUGCACCAUGGCCCCUGCAUGCCCAAUUCAGGGCAUCUUGCUUGUGGGUCAGUAUAGUUCAGAUGCAUGGCCUUGUCCUAAGCCUUCUCUGUGGGCAUGUGAAGAUUGCUGCUGCCAAGCAGUGAUCCAGGGCACACAGGGAAGCAAAGUUCUGCUCUUCAUAUCCUGUCCCUAGCACAAGAUCAGUAUUAUCUCCACUUAUUUGGGGCUUUGCAUGUUCACAGAGCAGAAGGGACAACAUUUGGCCCCUUGAAGAGAUGGUAAAACUGCUACCCAGUUUCUCUGAGGCAUAUUAUAACCACCACCACUGGAAACAUUGAGCACUCCCCUUAAAAGUCAAUAUUGCAUGAAUGUAAUGUCUUAAGAAGCAUUGUUCUUAGUGUUUACAUGCACUAUGAGUCAGUAUGGUCCCUAUAAAUAAUGAAUAGCAGAGUGGCAAACAGUGUUAAUAUUACUAAACUGAAUCUGCAAAAUAAUGUUCCUCCCCAUGAAUGCACCAACAGUAGAUGCCAUUAAAAACACACACACACACACACACACACACACAAACCCUCAGUUUGAGUGCAGGGUCACAGUCCCUAAGCUCUCAGCAAGCAGAACUCCCAGUGGGGAAUCAGUGGGAUUUUGUAUGAGAAAAAAACUAUAGGAUAAGGCUGUAAUUAGGCAAAGGGACUAUUUGCGCAGGUGCUGAGAACCCUCAACUCCCAGGGCACUUGGCACCUUCCUGAUCAGUUGUCAAGUAUGUACAUGGGCUCACUUGGUCCUCUCAAAACUACGUCUGAGGUAAGAAACAAUUUCACAGAUGUCUACAAUAGAAGACAAUGCAAAAGUAAUUCUGCCCUAGCUCUGACUUCUUUAUGUUACAGAUGUCCAGUGUUGACCUUGCCUGGAGAAGGGUGCAAAGGCUGAAACAAUCAUGGAUUUUACUGAUCAAUUGUGCUUUAGGAAUUAUUGACAGUUUUGCACAGGUUCUUGAAAACAUUAUUUAUAAUGAAAUCAACUAAAACUAUUUUUGCUAUAAGUUCUAUAAGGUGCAUAAAAAAUCCUUAAAUUCAUCUAGUAGCUGUUCCUGUGAACAGGUUUAUUUUAGUAAGAAAAUUUUUAUCAAGUAUUAUGAUGCAAUUUUUUUUUUUUUUUUUUUCAAAUUUCUGGGUAUGCACAGAUGACCACGAAGACUUAUUCACGUGCAUGGCAGAAUUUGUAUUUUGGUUUGUUUUUGGUUUGUUUUUUGUUUUUGUUUUGUUUUUUUCUUUUGUUUUGUUUUUUAUUGUAUGAAAUGGGUUUUCUGAAGUUUAAAAUAGUAAAACAUCUAAAAUGAUGAUCUGUGCUUGCAGUGUGUGAGUGUUGCUACAGUGCAGUGUUGCAGUUAGUGUCUGUUCUCUUAGCUUUCUGUUUUUCUUUUAACGUAGUGUGAAGUGUCUUAUCCUUUUCUAUAAAUUCCAAUUUGCCUUAAAUCUUUCAUGCUGUAGCUGUUUCAGUAAGUAGUCCAAACUAAUGGUGUAGAAUGCUUUGACCAAAUGAGCUGGUCUAUUAUGCCUUGUAAAACAGCAGCAUAGGGCUUUUAAAAGGUAGUCAAUAAAAAUUGCUGAAAAUUUGGCUUUUUUUAAUGUGUAGUAGGUGUUUUUAAUGAUUUUUCACAUAAUGUGUAAGGUAGUGAAAUGCAAGAGGGGAAAAAUGUUUUGUGUGAAACACAUUUUCUGACUGGGGGAAUUUUAAUAGGAUAAAUUGUUUGUAAGGCCAUAUGCCAAUAGUUUCCUCUGAUAGUUUGAAUGAUUUAGGAACUCUGCUGUAAGAUGCAAUGUAAAAUCUUUUUUUGCCUUUUUUCAGAAACUAACUUGAUGUUCUAGUUUUAGUGUAGGUAGAGUGGGGAGUCUGGGGUGGGAAUAUCACAGAACGUUUUUGUCCUUCCUUUAUACUAAUGAUAGUGCUUUAGAAUGAUGAUUGUGCUGAGACCUAGCAAACAGAAAAUUUGCUAUUACAGCAAAAUGGCAAAAGCUAAGGACUUGUUUGCAAACAUAAGCUGAGAUGUAAGUAGACGCAUAAUUGAUUGGGUACUAGCUCUCUAUAGGAGGUAAAUAAAAAUAAAAAGACUUGGCACUUUUAAAGGUAACUUUACCAAAGAACAAAGAGCCAGUAACCAAUAAUUCUGAUUUGUCUCAGCAUUACGUCUUCUGUACUCUUUAUUUUUGCCGGACCAGUUUGCGGUUAGGAGAAUGUGCCUUUUUUUGUACAUUUGCCUUUAGGUUUUAUAAUUUUAAUUGAAGUAUGGACACAAAAAGCAUGAAGGAAGACUUGGAUCCAAGCAGUGCCACGCUUUACAUCAUCACUACAAGUGUUAAGUGUAAAGAAAACCAGUUUUGAAACUAUGAAAUUCCUGAUUAAUAAAUACACAGUUAUUUGUAUUUUUACGUAUUAGAUAAUUCACUGCUAUUAAAGCUCUUUUAUUACAAUGGCAUAUGUUUUAAAUCAAAUGAUAAAUUAAGUUGUCUUCCAAAACUGUGUACUUGUCUGGUCAGCUGUAUAUGAUCAGUUAUCUACCUCAAAGUUUAUUUCUUUUUGUAUUGGGACAGGUUGCUGGCCCUCCCUGUUUCCACAGACCAAAUCAUCCUAGCUCAGGAGCUAGGGCUAAGCAGUUACUUCAUUCAAGUAUUUUUAGUUGUUAAAUUGUGUGAGUAUUGGAGUAUAGAUGUCGGUGACAUUUCAUAGUUUCAAAAAUAAAUUGCUGCUCUGAGAAGUGUAGAUUCUAGUGAGUUACAUAGUCAUAAGAGAUGUUUGUUUUUUCUUUUUAAAAAAAAAAAGUUGUGGUAUUAUUGGUUCUAUGCUCCCUGGAAUAUUACUGCUUUGUAAAAGUCCAGACUUCCUGCAGCACCUUCCCUGUAUCUGGUAUAUUGCCAUUCUUGGAUCUCUCACUACUUGAUAUUUUUUGCAUUCGUUAAAAUUGCAAUAUAAUAGCUGUAUUAGAGGGAGGGAAGAGCUGCUGCUAGAAAUGUCUGAACUAAGUGCCAUACUCAUUGUCCGGGUAAGAUUUGGGAAAUUUAACCUCUGUACAUAAAGAAAUAAUCAGUUACUUAAACAUCACGUAGUAGACAGCCAUUAAAUUAUAAAAAAAAAAAUUAAUUUAUGAAGAAAGACCUUUUGUACAGAUUGAAAAAAAAAGAUUUUCAUAGAGAUAUCUAUAUGAUCAAGAGAGUUAAUUUUUUAUUUUUGUUUUUCUAGUGCCACAAACUUGCCAGUGGUAACUUAUUUGUCCGGUUCAAGAUAACUCUGUAGUUUUGUUUCCUAGGACUUGUUAAACGCCAAAAGACAUUUUUGAACUGUACAUUUGAUUAGAUUGUUAGCUUUUUCUGUUUUAUUUCUUUUGAAAACUUUUGAAUAAAAAAGAUUGAAAAAAUGAAAA